CCUAGAUUUUCCCGAGAAAAAAACAAGAAAAUCUCGUCAACUUUCAAGAAGCUUUUGGAAUCUGCAAGUUUUUGGACUUGAUAUGUCGGACGAUUAUGAAACCCCGAGUCCUGAUGGAACCCAGUUUCCGGAUGGCUUGAGGGUCCUGGCGGUUGAUGACAAUGUAGUUUGUCUGAAAAUCCUCGUAACUUUGCUUGAGCAAUGUCGGUACAAAGUUACUGCUACAACGAAGGCUUGUGAAGCUCUGGAGAUGUUGAGGGAGAACCGAGAAAAUUUCGAUAUUGUGAUCACCGACGUGAAGAUGCCGGACAUGGACGGAUUCACGCUUCUGAAGAUCAUAGGACUCGAAAUGGACAUACCAGUAAUCAUGACGUCUGUGAACGACGACAGAAGCACGGUCUUGAAGGGGAUAAGGCAUGGCGCCCGGGACUAUCUGCUGAAGCCUGUGAGGGUGUUGGAGAUCAAGAACAUAUGGCAGCAUGUUGUAAGGAAAAAUUUGUUUGAUUCCGGUAAGCCUGGCGUCAAGGAGGAAAAAGCUAUGGAGAUGGAGAAAAGCAAGGAGAAAGAAGAAGGAGGAGAAGAAGAAGAAGAAGAUCAUCCCAAGGAACAUUCUUUUGAAGAUGGAUCCGUCCGGAAGAAACAGCGGCUUAAUUGGACGUCUGAGCUCCAUAUCAAAUUUCUCAACGCCAUUCACCAGCUGGAAACAGCAGAUAAGGCGGUUCCAAAGAAAAUACUUGAAAUCAUGAACGAGCCAGGGCUUAGUAGGGAGAAUGUUGCUAGCCAUCUACAGAAGUACAGAAAAAUGCUGAGGAAGAAUUGUGCUAAAGUGAGCCAACAAAUGGAUAAUAGUAACCUUGAUCGGAGUAGAAGGGGCCGGCGCCCAUCACAUGCUGCCAUCUUUUCUGAAAGCCAAGGCUAUGGUUCAAGAAACCCGGAUAGCAGAUGGGAAGUAAAUGGUGAUACUAAAGCUGAGAAGCCUUAUACACCUAGCUCUUCCCUUAUGUAUGCAAAGCCCCUCCUGCAACCUGUGGAGAAUCAGAAUAUGUUGUUCCAGCAGUGCCUGCAAUCUCCUCAAUUGGCUGUGUCUUCAAGGAUGCAUUUGCCUGGGCUUGGAGGGCUCCUCUCAGCUCCAGCGUGGCCGGGAAGACCACCUUGUCCUCUGCCAGAGUUCAGUGGGCCAAAGGUUAAGACCUGUUUUCCAGGACAACAGCUGCCUGAUGGCUCCAUGGGUGUUUCUCCGCAAUUUCCUAAUUAUAGCACCAGCUCUGAGCCUUGCCCUUUUCCAUUUCCUGAGCCCUCUUUCGCAUUCGCUGAUUUCUCUCCAUCUUAUCAAACACUACCAGAUGCUUCAACUGGAAUGGAGACUGUCAAUCCAAAUUUCUCUCUAGUUCAACAUGAGGGAGGCCUGGUUAACUUCAAUCGGGGGCAAACAACAGCAGGGUGUCCACUCAACAUACAAGGUCUAAACAUGGAGAGCUUAAAGGUAAAUAGCCAGAUAUUUAUGCAACAUUGUCAGGAGAAUCCAGACAGAGAGAGUAGCAUCCAUCUCAACAGUUGUAGGUCCACGGAUGAUGACCUUAGCGCAAUGGUGAAACAGUUUCACUACAACGGCCCGCCUAAUUUGUGAUCAAGCCCUUGAA